UAGGUGAAGUAGUGCUAUAGCAAAUAUAUAAACAAAUAUUUAAUUGCUAGUAAAUGAGAAGGCGGGACACUGAAGCCCCCUGUAGCUUUAGUUCAGCGUGUGAGACUGUAUGGAGCUAUGCGCAAUUUGUGUAACGGCCUCUAAUAUUAAGCAAGACAUUUCGAAACGCUUGUUUUCUGCACUCCUCGACAAGCUCUGUUGACUCCCUGUUUUCUGCCCAGUUUUUACAGCCUGCAGGAAGUGUUCCGUUGUGUAAAAGCUUUUGCAGUAGUGCUGACCACCUGUCGUGCUUCUUAAUUUCAUCGCUAGAUUACUUCCUUUAAGAUGUUCAUUGGAAAUUCGCGUACAGCGACGUUAAUCUCCGACACUCAUCGCUCUGAAAUUGUUGCCUUCGGGUCUACAUUCGUCCCGCCACCGACAAGGACCGGAAUUCGGAGGCGACCGCAUAUGUGCGAGACACAUUUAUUAUGAGGCAGACCGAUGUCACCCAAUGGGACAUCUGUGCACGAUAUUCGUGACAUCCGAGAACGCGCGCGCGGAAUGCGAAGGUCCGCCCGCUCCUCUGCGCCGACGUAAACAACAAGAGAGAGGGAGAUCGGGAGCAGAGGCAAAUCAAACAUCUCCUCAACGGGUCGUACGCGCCUAAACGAACCCGCGCAGAUAAACGGCCGCGAUCCGGGCCGAAGGCAGCAGCACCGACCAACAACAGCAAUAAAACAAAAAAAAGAAAGAAAAUAAAACGAGCCGCUACUUGUUCAUACCGAACGUACCCCGGUGAGCGCGUACGCCAGAGAGACGCAUCGGACGAGAAGGGAGAGCCGAUGGGCGAGCGAAGAACAAGAAUAAAAAACAAACAAAAAACCUCGACCUCUGAAGGUGAAAGUCGGAAGGAAGACGGCGCCGGGUGGCCGGGUGAGGGGUCUGGCGGCGAGACGAGAUCGCGGAGAAAGUGAACAACGAGGAAUGAGAGAGAGAAGUAGCAGAGAGAGAGAGAGAGCGUGGCGUCAACCUCAGAGGAAGAAGAAAGCGAAACAGAGGAAGAGGAGGGGAGGCAGCGUACACACGCCUCGAACGACGACGACGACGACGACAAAGGCACGAAGAAGCUGCGCGCAUCCUCGUACUCCUCCUCUUCUUCUUCUUCUUCUCCGGUUCCUCCUCUCCCGAUCAGAGAGCACGCGACUCAGUCACGAUGGCGCGGCCGUAUAAAAGGCGCCCGCCGACGCCGCUGUCGCUCAACGCAGAGUGUCCAGUGAAAGUCCCGUCCACCACACCGGAGGUCUACCUGUUCCUUGCACAAACCCCUGCUAAGCCCCGUAUCCCACGUCGCGAGCCAAUUGUGGUGGUGUUUGCAUCCGAACGGAAACGUCCCGUCGAUCUACACCUUCAACCCGGCACUCGAAGAGCGGACGUUUUGUUGGUGCGACUUCCGAAGACGUCGGUGAAAGACGAGGGAAAGAAAAGGCAAAAGAUUCACGCACUCCGCACGAAGAGAGGAAAUAACCGAAGGGAUUUAACUACCUGAAUCAUCGUCCAAAUAAUCAACCGCAACGCCAAGAUGAAGACCACUCUGAUCGCCUUUGGUGCCCUCUGCCUAGCUGUCGCGAUAGCUAUUCCAAAGGAGUCGCCCAAGCGCUCCAAGCGGGCCGCGUACGAGCUCCCAGACGGCUCCGAGCUGAUCGUCGGUAGCUACCAGACGAGCUUCAGCUGCGCCGGCCUGCGGUACGGCUACUACGCCGACACGGACAACGAAUGCAAGAUCUUCCACAUCUGCCACCCUGUCGUGCUCGCCGACGGCAGCGAGCAGAUGUACCACUGGAGCUUCUUCUGCGGCAACCAGACCGUGUUCAACCAGCUGACGCUGACCUGCUCCUUCCCGGAAGAGGCGGUGCCGUGCCAGAACGCCAGGGACUUCUUCUACGUCAACGACAACAUCGGCGUCGAGGACGCUCCUUUCCUGACCGACGAUGACGUGUCCAGGGGACAGUCCCUUUACCCGGGUUACGGCGCUAGGCUCAGCGGUCGCGCUGCCGCCGCAGCCGCCAAGAAGUAGGAACAAACCGAACCCUAGGAGACCAAAAUGCUGACAGGAUCCCUACUAUAUGCCGCUUCCCACUGCCGAACUUAGAGGUUUCUGAAUUGAUGACGCUAGACGGGAAGGCAACAGUUCGACACGCAAAACAUAUUUGUUUUUUUUUCUGCUCAAUAAGAGGGCCUUCUUGGCUUAUAUCUAUAAAGCCUAUACCUUGUCUAUAGGGAAUUUCUAUAGAGUGCCUGUAGUAGAUAGGAUAUGCAUAUACAACGUACGAACUUUUACAUUGACCUUUAACCAACGGUUGUGCAGUGCCUAUCGGUAAUGCGUAGUAACAAAAAAGUCAAUACUUAAUUUUACACCGACCAUAACGGGCGCGUGAGCUCAUGUGGCUCUUGUGCCUGUUUGCACUGCAAUGCAAAAGCAAUUUUAUUCGCCCACUGAGGCCUUAAUUAGCAUUAGGCCUAACGCGAGGCUUAGCCCGAGCCUUUAAGGCACAUGGGGAGCGUGAGCGUUAUGGAGGUGAUGCAGAAUUGAGUGUUGUCGCUGUUGCUACAGUUGUCUUCCCGCCUGUCGUCGUCGCAUCCACGGCUCCCGCCCUUGUGGAUAAACGAACAAGGUUACCUCUAAGAAUUCGCGACACUGCCAUCAAAGAAAACACGGCGCCGCCACCCCGCCGGCUUAAUCCUGUGAGCUUCCGUUCACGUCGCACGUCAUCAUUGAUUGCACUGUUGUCAAUGUUACCCAUACCCGAAAGAGAACUUUCAGAUGUCGCAUUCAAGAGAAACCAGCGGCGAAAGAAUACCGUGCUCACAGGGCUUCUGUCGUCCGGGUGGCAGUUACCCGCCACUUCACGGCGACACUGGUCAGUGUCGACGGCGAUGUAGGCGGUGUACGCGUAUUAUACCAACGCGCUGCGCUUUCACUGGUCCAUUCCUUGUAUAAUAUAGCGUGCGUACACUUAAUGUGACCCGCUUUAGACGCUUGUGACGCCAGUAUUUCCAUUAGGCAUUCAUAACACCCCUCUCAUGUAUAUCAACUUCUGCUUGACUAACAUGCUUUGCCUCAAGUUUACCGGGAAUUCUAUGAUUCUGGUAAUGAAAUUGAAGAAUACGUCACACUGAUCAGUGCCUUUCAUCGAGAAUCCAUGGCCUUUUCCGAAACACCGUGUUUCUCUUAAUGCUUCUGCAAGAAAUUCCAAGCAGUGCGUGUAUAAGGUUUCAUAUUAGCAAAAGAUUGCCGCACGAUGCUCUUGAUUAAGGCAAAGUGUGCUCGCAGAGUGCCAAGCAUUACAUGAAUUCACUGACCAACAUACGAGCCUCGAUGCCCAUGCUCCUUCGGCAGUCCUUGUUCAGUCUUUGUCAGUAGUUUCGAAGCCACUCCGCGAUUGACGAAAUCUGUUACUCGACGGCAGCCCGUCACAGGGCUUCCGUGCUGUGUCUCGCACUCCAGAGUCCAAGAAAUUAAGGAGACCUGCCUCAAUAUGUGCAGCUUUCGAGCAACGAAAGUUUUUCAGAGCCUGGCAACUGGUCUGUACAUGGAGCGCGAAGUGGCUUGGCAAAGUCUGAGAAACAAUGCGAGUCCGCCUUUGCAAUGGAGCUGCAGUGAACAGUCAUAGAUAUAUUGCUUCGCAAUCAGUACAACUACAGGUUCCCGUAGCGGGCGUCUCCACUGUUUACGAAGUCCUACGAACAAAGCUAAACACGCAUAAACAUGCCCGGUAAGCUUGCUUGGGUGACCACAACAAAUCUACUGACUCAAUAGAAGCACUACAUUUAGCCAUCUACUCUUCAGCGACAGUUUAUAACGUCAGUAGAGACAUCGUGCAUGUUUCUGUUUGUUUUUUCGGUUAGGGCCUUUGCAAAAUCUGCCGAAUGCUUGUAGCAACGUUGAUCAUAUUGCUAGAUUUUGUGUGACCUUGUCUCGGAGUAAGGUUGAUGUUGUUUAUAAGCUGUUGUCCCGUUUCGUUGACAAACGCGCCUAAGGCUACUUCUUUGUUUGUUCAAGUUUUCUUUUGUGGUGUCUUCGUUUGAUCCCGUUCUCGUGGAAUAUCACUGUAGUCUGUUUGAUGUCGCCGGAUGUCGUCGAUGAUGCGUCUUACGAAACGCGCUGCACCGAAAGUUGCAGCGCGUGACCCCUGUGCCACUUUCUGAAAGCACAAUAGCUGCUUCAGCUAUAUUCCGGCAGAACGUGUCCACUCGGAUAUGUUCUUUUAGUAUUUGUUUUGUGUGCUUGUGUGCGAGAUGAAUGAUAUGUGCCGACAGUAAUGUGAGCUGUUCUCGUUUUCUUCUUGCAUCAUGAUUGUGCAGUCGCUUGAUGUGCGAAUGGCAGGGCCGGUCUUUCGGUGCUUCUUUGAGUCUGUAGCCUGAAGCUAUGUCAAAAUCUGUUGUCAGCUGACUAAACGAUUGGUAUCGUGAGGUCAUAUGUUCGAGGACUUCUCGUAUAUAGUACUCCCCCCCCCCCCCCCCCCGUUUUCUUUUUUAAACUGCUUACUACGUAGUCGUGUUCAUGCAUGCGUAAGCUUGAGAAGAUGGGAAGCAGUGGUUUUACAGUAUGCGUGAGAAAUGGAAAUAAAAAAAGUAUUAAGAGACGGCGGCACUGUAUUCAUAGCAGACAGUUUAUAGCUAUUUUAAGGUCGCAUGAGCAUUUCUGUUAGCACACCUGCGCUCUCGAAUGGGAAUGGUGUGAGACAAAAGCAUGCUCAAAAUUUUCACGCACUGAUUUUGGGAACGUUACAUGAACGUAAGUGCGUCACAUCGGUUGAGCUAACACGCGUCCUUGCUUUUUAUGCCGUAGAUGAACAUCUCGCUGGUUGAGAAUUCUUGGGUACGCUGGAGUUUUCUCGGGCUGGGUGUGAACGCCUGUUUCGUUAUGUUCAAGAAGUUAUCUUGUCAAUGUCUUUAAGUGUUGCGCGUGCGACUAAACUACAAAGGAAUGUUGUAUGUUGUCCGCUGUUAGACUGUCUCUUGUACCUGUUGCGAGCAUUGCCUAUAAUGUUCUGUCGCGUGUACGUGUUCUAACCGUUGUGUCACAAACAAUGUCGCUGUCAAGUUACACAAACAUUAAUUGGGUUUUUCACGUGUACUUAAACUAACAGCAUGUGUCAAAUCUCCAAUGUGUAACUUCGAAAAAACGAGCCCCUAACCAUCCCCUUCGCCUUCCCGCUCCUUCCCGAACUCUGCUUCUUCUCUUACGUUUUCCUUUUCUUUUAUAACUCAUUUCGUUACAUGUUUGCUUCGUUAGACGUAAAAACUAUUUAGCCUAGUUUUUAUAUGCAUUUUUUUUUCAUAUCCUGUUACUGCCAUGCUGUUAUGUUUCUUGUUUUGAGUUCCCUGAACCAUUUGUUCUGUUGUUUUCUUUUUACUUCUGUGUACAGACCUCGAUAAAGGAAGCAAUAAAACAUACGCACACGUGA